AUGGAUUCAUUAUCAUCAUCAUCAUCAUCAUCAUCAUCACCACCAUCGAACAAGCAUUUAAAACGUGCAAAAACAACAACAACAGUUGCUGCAAGUACUGCUUCAACUGAAAGUGAUGAAUUUUCAUAUACUCCGAAUGAAGAAAACUAUGAUUCCAUUGUAAAUGACAUUACAUUAGAACUCAAUGAUACUGCAUUAGAACUGUCAGAUGAUGACAUCGUUGAUGUAUAUGAAGCAGGUGGUGAUGAUUGA